AUGUACGGCGACAUUCAAUACGGCAUCGGUAAUCUGGCGGACGAAAUCUAUAUAGCUUUCCAGGAGCCUAUCCGAUCCGAAUUCGCCCAAGAGUACGAGGUCUUCGAUGAAGGAUUUAAGGACGCGUUGUACUUUAGCGGUCUCAAAUUUGAAGGCGAUACCGACAUUACCGGUGACGAGGAUAACAACGUCGACGAGACCACAGUGGUCGACGGUAUCACGCUUCCCGCAUCAUUCUACGCUCAAACCGCGUAUAGUGGGCGGAUAGGUAAUUGGAUCUAUAGUGGCCGCACUAUCAACUUUGCGGGACAGUUGACGGAUACCGGGGUAUAG